UCACUGUUUACUGCUGGAAUAAGCUACAUUAUUAUAAAUAAUAAAUAUUAUUAUGAUUAUUAUUAUUUAGUACAGUUGUAUUAAAAAGGGUUAUUGGAUGCAGAUCAUAUGCGUAAAAAAUGGUAGACUGGAGACUUUCGACUUUACUUCAAUCGUUUCUGUUCUUCAGUGUCAUUACAGCAUGUGAGGGUGCAUACGCCAAAUAUGCCCAGAAGCUCCUGACAGAUUUAAUGACCAACUACACCAGUGCGCUGAGGCCUGUGGAGGACACAAACACAAUCCUAAAUGUGACUCUACAGGUUACACUCUCACAAAUUAUUGACAUGGAUGAGCGAAAUCAAAUUUUGACAGCAUAUCUAUGGAUAAGGCAAGUGUGGUUUGAUGCACACCUCAAAUGGAAUAAAGAUGAGUACGAUGGACUCGAUACCAUCCGUAUACCUGGUAGUUAUGUAUGGAGACCUGAUAUAGUCCUAUAUAACAGUGCAGACAACCACUUUACCGGCCCAAUGGAUACCAAUGUGGUGAUCCGGCAUGACGGCCAAAUGAUGUGGGAUUCUCCUGCUAUCACAAAGAGUUCAUGCAAAGUGGACGUGUCCUUUUUUCCUUUUGAUGGCCAACAGUGCAGGUUUACCUAUGGCUCUUGGACCUACAACGGAAACCAGCUCGACAUCCUGAACGCCAUGGAGAACGCCGACCUAGCUGACCUGGUGGAAAACGUAGAGUGGGAAGUGCUUGGGAUGCCAGCAAAGAGGAAUAUUGUUCUGUAUGGAUGCUGUGCAGACCCAUACCCAGAUGUGACUUACACGCUGAUGCUCCAGAGAAGAGCGUCCUUUUAUGUUUUCAACCUCCUCAUACCAUGUGUAAUGAUCUCUUUUCUGGCCCCACUGGGUUUCUACUUGCCCGCUGAUUCUGGGGAAAAGGUUUCUUUAGGUGUUACUGUGAUGCUAGCCCUCACUGUCUUUCAGCUGUUGGUUGCCGAAAUUAUGCCACCUUCUGAAAAUGUGCCUCUCAUUGGAAAAUAUUACAUUGCAACGAUGACAAUGAUUACAGCCUCCACUGCUCUGACCAUCUUCAUCAUGAACAUUCACCACUGUGGUCCAGAUGCCAAACCUGUUCCAAAGUGGGCCAAAAAAGUCAUUCUGCAGUAUAUGGCAAGAAUGUGCUUUGUUUAUGAAGUUGGGGAGAACUGUAUGUCAGCAGAGACGGAGAAACAUGAUCCUCCUUUUGGAGGGAACACCAACUGCACCAUGAAUGGGCAGGUAGGACUAGGAAGAGAGGACUGCAUCAUUAACAGUGGUCAAGAGACAGUCAGAUCUGUCAUCACAGAAGAGAAAGAAGAAAAUGAUCAAAUCCUAAGUCCAUUGGGCUCAGUGGGGAAGAACCCUACAAACCAGUACAGCACUUGGAAGAAGGAUAUUUUACUGGACUAUGGGGAACCAGGGGGUCCAAGGAGGUGCAGAAAAGGAGGGGUGAGCGGUGGAGAGAGAAAAGGUCAAGAGAUUUCCUGCAACACCCAUGCCAACGAUGAAUUGCUGCUGCAUAACAUUGAGUACAUUGCCAGCUGUUAUAGGGAUCAGAGGGCCAUGCAGAGACGGACUGGGGAAUGGAAAAAAGUAGCCAAAGUUUUAGAUCGCUUCUUCAUGUGGAUGUUUUUCAUAAUGGUGUUUUUCAUGAGCCUGCUUAUCAUGGGCAAAGCUAUCUAGUCAGCACUACUUUUAUGUGGUUGUUAAAACUAUUAAGUCAAACUGGUCAAAUUAGACAUUAAAUAGUGGUUUGUAACUUACUCU